AUGUCGGUAGAACACCAAAAAAGCUAUGAUUCAGAUAGCAGGACGGCCCUAGGCUCUACUCAUGGGAAAGAUGAAACUCUCGUUCAUGAUACAGACUGUGUCCAGUCAACUUUAGAUGCCAACGGGUCAGAUGGGUCUCCAGUAUACAAGGUAUACAAGCGAAGAUGGUUUGGUAUUCUUGUUCUUGCGCUAUUAAAUAUUUGUGCUUCUUGGGGUUGGUUAUCAUUUGCUGCCAUCUCUCCUUUGGUUGCUGAAUACUUUAAUUUAGAAUCUCAGGCUCCUGUUAACUGGCUGUCCACAGUCAUUCUUUUUUCUUAUAUUGUUAUAUCGCCUUUAGUUUGGUGGGUGCUGGUGAAGUACAAUAUUCGAUAUGCUCUAAUAUUAUGCUCCAUUUUCAUUAUUGUAGGUAACUGGGUCAGAUACGCUGGCGUAAAGACCGGAAACUUUGGUGCUACUAUGUUUGGUCAGAUAUUAAUUGGUUUUGCACAACCUUUCGCUCUGAGUUCUCCUGCUUACUAUACUGACAUCUGGUUUACAUCAUCAUCACGUGUAUCUGCCAAUGCCAUUGCGUCAUUGGCAAACCCUUUAGGAGGUGCUAUAGCCCAGUUAGUGGGACCCGCCAUUGUUCUCCAAGCAGACCAAUUGCCCACUUUCAUUGUCAUCACUGCUGGUGUAACUACUGCAUGUGGUUUGCUUAGUUUUAUUGUUCCCAUAAGACCCGAGCUUCCAGCAUGUCCUAGUUCGACGAUUGUCAAAAUGGGAGCAAAUGAUUCAAUCAAGAUGCUGCUGACCAGCAUCAAGUUUAUUGCUGUCUUGGUCAUGUUUUCCAUUUAUGUUGGGUUUUUUAACGCAUUUAGUACAUAUACUGCUCAGAUCAUGGUCCCUUAUGGCUAUAGUACUAAUGAAGCUGGUAUUGCAGGUGCUAUACUCAUUGUGUGUGGUAUUGUGUUUGCCGCUGUCACAUCUCCCUUGGUUGACAGAACUCACAUUUUCAUCUGGAUUAUCGUUAUUCAGGUACCACUUAUUUGUGGUGGUUAUAUUGCAGCUGUGUUCAUGUGCACAGAAUCUGGACAAUUGGUUGGACCCUAUCUUGUUUCCGCCAUUCUAGGAGCCACCUCAUUUUCGUUGUUGCCAAUUUUCUUGGAAUGGACACAGGAGCAGACUUCACCUGCUGACCCUGCCGUAUCUUCCUCUUUACUUUGGAUCGGUGGCCAGCUAUUUGGUGCCAUUUUUAUUAUUGUCAUGAAUGCUCUGAAGUAUCCUGAUAACGUUGGAAACCCUCCUGGUAAUAUGAGACGUUCACUCAUUUUUCAGGCUGUUAUCGCAUGUGUCGGACUGUUGCCAAUCAUUGUUAUCUUCAAGUCCAGGCAUAAUACUCGAGUGACAUUAGAUACCAGAGCCUAG